CACAAUCACACACACACACCCAUACAGGGUGACAGGCCUAUUUAAACCCACCUUCCCUGGGGCUUAGUGUCACUCACCAGAGCACCACCUCCAAGAAUCUCAACCAUGAAAGUUGUGGCUCUCGCGCUGACCCUCCUCUUGGCCCUGGGCUCUCAGGCCCGAUACAUGCAGGCUGAUGCUCCCACACAGCUGGAGCACUACAAGGCAGCUGCCCUGGUCUACCUGAACCAAGUGAGAGACCAGGCCACCAAGGCCCUCGGACAGCUGGAUGGAACUGAAUAUGACGCUUACAAGCAGAAGGUCAGCGAGAGUCUGGACAAACUCCAGCAGUACGCAGAGACCGCCUCCGGCUCCCUGACCCCCUACACCGCACACCUCGCCGACAGCACCAAGCAGGUUCGCGAGCACAUCAUGACUGAGCUGGAGAGUCUGCGCAGCCAGCUGGAGCCACACCGCGCCGAGCUGCACCAAGUCAUCGAGAAGCACCUGGAGGAGUACCGCGAGAAACUGGGGCCCAUCUUCCAGGAGUACGUCACCGACAACCAGAAGGAGCUGGAGUCCCUGCGCCUCAAGCUGCAGCCCGCCCUGGAGGACCUGAAGCAGAAGCUGGAGACCAACUUCGAGGAGACCAAGUCCAAGCUGGUGCCCAUGGUGGAGGCCGUGCGCACUAAGAUGGGCAAGCAGCUGGAGGGCCUCAGAGACCUGGCAACCCCCUACGCCGACGAGUACAAGGAGCACAUGCUGAAGGCCGUGGACGACGUGAAGGAAAAGCUGGCCCCCCACACCACUGAGCUGCAGGGCCGCCUGGAGCCCUACCUGGAGAAAGCAAUGGCCUUCUUCAGAAACACCUACCUCGCUCUCCAGCAAUAAACACCACUCCAGUUAGACUUAGCCUUCCUUUAAUGUAAACACACCUCAGCACCACAGACUCAUCUGUUCAUACGUGUGGAAUUAGCAUUGUGUGAUGUUACAACAUUUACCCAUGAUGCAAGAUAAUAAAUAAAUACAACAAAAAUCCAA